GUUGUAGGUAACAGGCGGGAAGACUGGAAGAAGAAGGGUAUAUUUCAAUGAUGGAUUGGGAAAUGAUGGUCGAACAAUAUCGUGCAGAAGCGGAACGAUACAAACAAGAAGCGAACGAAGCAAAAAACGAAUUGAAAGACUUUGUAACAUUUAGUCAGCAGAUAGAAGCUGAGCUGGACAAGGAAUUGAAUGCAGCGAACUUAUCGUUAAGUAAACGUGAAAAGGAAAUCGCUGUUUUGGUGCAAGAGCGAGAUCGAUAUAAGGAAGAAGCUCAACGGUUCCGUGCGGAGCAGUAUAGUAAGGAUAUGAAACUUAACGACGAAUUGCAAGAAUUGAGAACUGAAAAGGAAAAUUUGAUGAAUGCUGUCCAUAAACUUGAGCAAAAAAACGAUGAUUUGGAGAGAGAAUUGAGGAUAACAUGCGAAACUCUCAAGGACACUGAAAAAAAGUUAAAUGAAGAAUUAGAGAUGCGAGCGUUGCUUACUACAGAACUUGACAGUAAAGAAGAUUUAAAGGUCCGUUGCCAAAGACUAGAAGAUGAAGUUCGAGAUUUGAAAUUAGAUAGUAUGGUAAAGGAUACAAAGCUGUCGAAUUCAGUUGCUAAUCAGUCUAAUGGGGUGACUGUUACUCAGGCGAAACACAGUUCUGGGAAUUUAAUGCAGAUGAAAAAUAGACGACAGAAUAAUGGAGCAUUGCAACCGGCAAGGUCAGUAAAAAAUGGUCUCACCUCCUAUGAUAAUUAUGAUGUUUGUGUACAUGAUGUUAGCAAGAAAAGACUAAUCACCGAUGCUAGUUCGAAGGGCAUUGGGUCACGUGUGAACUCCUUACCGCCUUCAUUAGCAAGUAGUGUUUCACCGGUCAUUGUCAAUCUCCUUGAAACGAUUCAGGCUCUUGAGGAAAAGCUGCUUUUACUACAUCCAGAACGAAGGACAAAUGUGGAAAAUGGAUUUGGGACGGCAAGUCAACAUUGAGAACAAGUGCAGUAUCUGCAUCGCUGUAAACAUACCUGUAAUUUAUAGAACUAAUGCGGCGUUAUUUCCCCGAUUAAUUUUGGAAGCCGUUGUUUUCAAAUUUGGAAUCUCAUAGAGCCAGGGAUAAUUGGAGCUUUUGUUUGUCUAGAAUGGAUGCUUGUUUUCUCGACUGUGUUUGCUCAAUGUUUUGUAACGUUUUUCGGUGGGUCCAUAGUUUGACAUGGUGAUUUUUACAGUUUCAUUCGAAUAAGAAAAUUUGUCACGAACGCUAGCAGUAUGCAUUUAUUGGUGGCAUUUAAUUGCUCUUUCUCAAGUUUUGUUUGAUGUGCUAAUGAUAUAGGCUUAGGGUGAAAUUAGCACUGAAAGUUUACCUAAAUUGCUACUGUUUUAUUGCGUUCGAUAGUAAGAUAUCGUUCCGUUACAUUUUAUGCUGUAAGAAUAUUGCAAAUAAUUUCAUCGGAUGAAAUGUGAGCUUUCAUGUGCAUAUCGAUUGGUUCUUAUUACUGGAUAGUUAACGAUAUAUACCUGUCACGAUUUUCACGUAAAUAAAAAAACAUUCUUCGCUAGAAUCCCCCUGUACUUAUACGAG